AUGUCUUUUAUAAAAGGAGUGGAGCAAAUUGCCAACAAGAAAGUUUUCUAUGAAAAUGCAUUGAAAUAUUGGGACAGGGUUCCACCGACGCUUGAUGGUGUCAUGGGUGGAUUGCCCAUGCUUUCAGAUCUGGAUCUUCAAGAAUCAAAGCCUUUUCUAAAGAAACUCGGGAUGAAACACGGGAUGAAGACAGAGAGAGCGUGCGACUUUGGCGCUGGGAUAGGCCGUGUUGCUGAUAAACUUUUACUCCCAGUCUUCAAAGAAGUGGAAAUGGUCGAGUUUUCCGCCAAGCUUUGUGAGCAAGCAAAUAAAGAUUUCACGGAAAAGGGGCUGAUUGAAAGAUUGAAGAUCACUUGUCUUCCGAUGCAAGAUUAUGAUACAUCAAUAAAAUUCGACUUGUUUUGGUUUCAAUGGUGCGUCGGCCAUCUGACCGAUGAGGAUUUUAUCGCUCUCUUUACGAGACUGAGAGGAAAAUUAUCGGAAAAUGGAGUCAUUGUCAUCAAAGACAAUUGUGCCUCUACUGAGGAGACAGAGUUUGAUACAGCUGAUUCGAGUGUUUCUCGACCAGUGACUGAAUUGGAGAGACUUGUAAAAGAAGCGGGUUCUCCGGCCAAGCACCAAUCCGAAUCUGAGCUAGAAAGAAUUAAAAACUCAGUGAAAAUCGAACUGCGAGAACUUGAAAGGACACGUGACACAGAGCAAAAAAAAGUAGAAAGCGUGCGUAAAAAUGUCCUUGCUGAAGAACAGCGUCUCAAGCAACUGAAAUCAGAUGUGGCUGACUAUCGUGGUCAAAUUCAAGCUCUUGAGCGCGAAUUACGCCAAAAAGCUGCGAUUCAGAAUCCGCCCGUGAUGCCUCCGGAGCGUAUCUUUCCACCGCAUGAGAUUCCGACGAUCCCCUUCAGGGCCAAUAUUGACUGUUCCCGCGGCGACUGUUUUGAUUACACCCGAUGUCCGUUGACGGGUGGAUUUCCGGUUUAUCUUUAUCCCAUCGAUCAUAUUCUCGACGAUGUUACACACCGUCGCGCUGAGAAUAUCCAAGCCGGGCUACGUAAAAUGCUGCAGAUUGUCGAAGACGCAAAUACCGCCUGUAUUUGGUUUUUCAUAACUGAUAGUGUCGGUGAUUUCGACCCAGAAACGCUUGAACAUUGGCAUGGUGAUGGGAGAAAUCAUGUGAUUAUGGACCUGUCAGGCAGCUCAAGCUGGGGCGAUAUUGGCAGAGCUUCGAAAAUGGGAACAGGCUUUGCGAAUGUUUUGCCUUUUGAUCUCCUUUUGCCAGAACCGAUCGAGCUUCAUCAACCAAUUUGGGAGAUCGCACCGCUUAUGACUCCAAUAAAACGCGCUCAUCGACUCGUUUUUCAAUUCUCUCCGCCACAAGGUGCCAGCAAAAUCGUCGAGCAGCUGGCCUUGUUGAAGAAGCAACCGGAUAAUGUGGUAGAACCUGUUUCCUGCGGCGCGAAGCCUUGGGCGAAUUGUGGGACGCUGGAAGAAAGGCUUGAGAUCUUGUCGACGUCGACAUUUUCCCUUGUUCUCGUUGAGAAUAGUUUUGCUGAUGUUUCUGAUCGGCUUCUCGAAAGUUUGCUUUCCGGCGCCGUGCCGGUGGUGCUAUCGUACUCUGGUGUAUUGCCACUGCCCCUUAACGCUGUUAUCGACUGGUCGAAAGCGUCCUUGCAACUUCCACUUUCGCGUCUUCCCGAGUUGUCGUUUUUGCUCAGUUCCAUGACCUCGGAUGAUAUCUUCGACUUGAGAAGACAAGGACGGUUUCUUCUCGAAGAAUACUUCUCCUCCGAAGUCAAAUCAGUCUACAGCGGUCUUCAAGCGCUCAGACACAAGAUCGGAUUGACCCCUCCUCCGAUGGAACAAGCUGUCGGCGAAACGACGGACAUUGAAAAGUUCUACCCGCCAACUUUACCCGCCGAACCAAACUUUCUCGAUGAGGAAGCAAAGGACGAAUUCGUAUCAAUCCAGUCAUUAUCGCCGCUUCCAUCGCCUGUUUUUCCUCAAAAUUACACAUAUUUGAUCAAGGAUUAUUUCAACUCUGUUGGUCCCUUUGCACACAAAAUGAUCGAUGUCAAUAUUUUGGCAACGCCGCUACCAUCAGAAGAAAAGUUCCACGACAAACAACUCCCGUUUGACCCCAUUUGUGGGGGAGCAGGGGGCGAUGGGACGCAAUACCAGAGCGCACUUGGUGGUAACUUUCCACGAGAAGAGUUCACUGUAGUUAUUUUGACCUACAAGCGCGAUGAUGUCCUUAUCGGUACCCUUUCUCGUCUCGUGAAUCAGCCACACUUGAACAAAGUCGUUGUUGUUUGGAACUCUCCCUAUCCGAUUCCAGACAAUCUUCAAUGGCCAGCUAUUGGAGCCCCAGUAGAAGUUGUCAUUCCUGAGCAAAACUCGUUGAAUAAUCGAUUUCUUCCUUACAAAAACAUCGAAACGGAAGCAAUUCUUUCUCUCGAUGAUGAUACGCAUCUGAGAAGGGAUGAGAUCGAGUUUGCUUUUCGGACAUGGAGAGAAAAUCGCGACAGAAUCGUUGGCUUUCCGGGAAGACACCACUCAUGGGAGAAUGGAGGGUGGUUUUAUAACUCUAACCACACUUGCGAGCUGUCAAUGGUCCUCACAGGCGCAGCAUUUUUUCACAAGCAGUACUCGUAUCUGUACUCAAACUGGCAGCCUCCCGAAGUCAAGGCCCUUGUCGACGAGCUGAUGAAUUGUGAGGACAUUGCCCUCAACUUUCUCGUUUCUCAUCUUACCCGAAAACCUCCUGUAAAAGUAACUUCCCGCUGGACUUUCCGAUGCUUAGGCUGCCCAGAAGCUCUGAGUUCCACAGAUGGUCAUUUCAAUGAGCGCCACUACUGUAUAAAGCGCUUGACGAAGAUCUGGGGCUACAAUCCGCUGCUGUACACUGGUUACAGAGUUGACUCUGUAUUAUUCAAAACUAGACUGCCCCACGAUAAACAGAAAUGCUUCAAAUUUAUCUAA